AUGCAAACUCCGAACACGACUGGACCGACACCCGUUGCAGAAGCAUCAACGGGACAAGUGCAAACUCCCUCUGCGGGGCCGACGAUCUCCGCAGCGCCAAUUAAGCAAACGCCAUCAAAGAUUCCGGUUGUCGCGGGUGGAAACGUAUCCGGGUCCACCACCAGCCCAUCAUCGAGCACCAUAGACGGGGCCAGGAGUGGAGGGGGGAGGGUGGGUCUCAUUGUGGGGUCUGUAGUCGGGAUCGUUGGGCUUGUAUGCGUGGUGAGCGCUGUGAUUUUCGUGACGUCGCGGUCGCAGUACCUGCCGUUUCUGGCGGCUAUAUCGCGGUCAGGGGACAGCCGGGAGUUUGUGGUGCCAGAAAGGACGAUACCAGACCGAGAGGGAGGGUCGCCGAACUCUGGGAACACGCCAUGGCGUUAUGAGGCGAGGAGCUUGGAUGAGGCUACGGACAGCUCUUGACAAACAGGUGCUGCUUCGUUGUAGAGUGAAUUUUCUCUAUGUGGACAUAUGAAAGGUAUACAUACAUGACUCCUGGGUUUAAGUGUAGGAAUAAAAUCUGGCGAAUGUCUGCCCAU